AGUGCAAACGCAACAUAGGCUUUGACGGUGGCUGGGACGGAUGGUACAAUGCGUUCCCGAAACAGGCCAAGGACUCGGUCGGCGGUCCUUCCUUCAAGUGGCAGCGCUGGCAAGGGUCGACGCCAUCGCAGCAGACCGGACCCGAUGGAGAUCUAACAUCCGUCGAUGGAAAGGGCUACUAUCUGUACAUUGAUGCAAGCUAUGGUGCAGCCGGGGAUCAAGCCACCCUGCUAUCGCCGAUCCUGACCAGGAAAACGCAAGCUCUCUCCUGCAAGGUGUCGUUCGGCUUUCACAUAUUUGGUCAGGACGUAGGCUAUCUACUGGUCGGAGUGCGCGCCAAUGAUGAUUGGAACAAGACGAUCGUGCUGGGCAACAUCUCCACUAGUGCAAGUGGCUGGAGACAGUCGGGCAACCUGGACAUCCCGCAACACGUGACGCAGUUUAGAGUUGUGUUCACUGGUGUCCGCGGUAAUGGCUUCCAGGGAGACAUUGCUGUGGACCGUAUCAUUCUGGACGAAUGGUGUUCAUGUCCACAAAGACAAGAUCCAUUGGCCCUGGACACUGGUUCAACGCCCAGAGAUGGUCCAGAAUCAACACCAUCAUCAUCCGCGUCAAACGAAGGCUACAUAGCAGCAGUGACAAUCCUGUGCAUUGUGUGUGCCGCACUGAUUGUCUACAUACUGGUCAGGCAGUACAUACUGCCCCGUCAACAGACACAGCCCCCGGCACUACCAGAAGAGAUGAAGGAAAACCCCGUAUUUAUCACUACACAAAAAAGACACUCCCUUCUAGGCCUUCCUGUCAAUGAGAAUUUGAGUCAGCUACCAAUGCGGCGAUCAAGCUCGACAAGUUGGCAGGUGAGAUCACCUGAAGGUGUUGAUCAAGGUGCGGACACCGACGACAGGGCUACUACUGGAGGAACGGAGCACAUUGACAUUACUCCUUCACUGCUGGAUUUGAUGGAGAUGGAGAGCACGGACGGCGGAGUUCUAGCCUAGGCCACGCAGCAUGCGCUCACAUUGAAAGACUCGGAAACAUUCUAAAUUUAUGAAUAGAAUUGAAUAGAACAGAAACCUUUGAAGUGUGAUCGUGAAAAACAUUGCAAAUCCCCAGCCUGAGAAGCUCGUGCAACCAUUGCGAAUAGAGUCAUAUUUAGAAGUUAUGCUAACACGUACGGCUUAAAUUUGACAGUUUCAUAAUGACCAUUAGUCGUCAUAUUAUGUAGUCAGAUAUAUAAUGAAUAGAAUGCAGCAAUGCAAGUUUUAGUGAUAAUAACUUGUAUGAUAUAGGCUUGAUGAGAAUUUGAAUUGGUAAAAUGAAUUGUUGAGGAAUUUAAAAAAAAUUGUGGCCAGCACAGAUUCUCUAGCUGCAAAAUAUUCUAUUACAAUCUGAAGUCAAAAUAUAAUACGCAAUGGCAAGAGAUGCCAUGAUAUGAA